UCCAGUCCCCACCGGCCGUUUCAUGCUCUCCUCCCCCAGUCGCCCUUCUGAACGCUCCUGCAGGCUCCCCUUCGCCUUCCUCAAGGAGCUUUGGGGCGGGCAAGGCAGCCCCCCAACUCGGACGUUGCCUCUUCCAGCGGCUGCGCGCUCUCUCCAGUGGGCUCCGUCUGCCCUUCCUGGAACGCGGCAGAUUUAAAACAAUGAAACCUCGAAGCUUCUGGUCAUUCCUCAUAUUACUUGAGGUUUUCCUGUCAGUUGCUUGGGGAUGGAUGGAAUCAAAUAAGAGCCGGCAAUUUUAUUCAGAUGCUGGGAGGCUAACACAAGAGGAAUCCAGAAGCUUUGAAGUCACAAGAAGAAAAGUGCUUUAUGGGCAAGAUGGCCUCCAUGCAUCCUGUGAAAAGAAGUAUUGUGGUCGGGGAAGUAAGUGUGUUGUGAAUAAGGAGACUGAUAAGCCUGAAUGUAGGUGCAUAGAUGAUUGCAAGCCCAGUUACAUGCCGGUGUGUGGAUCUGAUGGCAAAUUUUACGAAAAUCACUGUGAACUCCAUCGAGCUUCAUGCUUGCAAAGGAAGAAAAUCUACAUUAUUCACAGCAAAGACUGCUUCUUCAAAGGUGACGCAUGCACAAUGGCAGACUACAGUCAACUAAAGGGCAUCCUUCUGGACCUUCAGUCUCACCGCCAGAGACAGCAAAUUUACCCAGGAGAGGACAGGACCCAAAAGCGCUUCUUAGUUGAAGAUAUGUUUAACCACUUGGAUAUAAAUGGUGAUGGGCACCUCAGCAGCUCUGAAUUGGCGCAGCUGAUGAAAAGGGAAGACCUGGAAGAUGAUUUCGUGGAUUGUACAGCAGAAGACCUUCUCCGGUUUGAUGAUUACAACAAUGAUGGCUACCUAACCCUGCAAGAACUAUAUACUGCAUUCCAGGUGGUCCAACUCACACUUUCCGAAGAGCAGAAGGUCAGCAUUACCACAGUAACUGUUGGGCUGAGCACUGUAUUGACUUGCGCUAUCCAUGGACCUCUGAGGCCUCCAAUCAUCUGGAAACGCAACGGAGUUAUGUUGAACUUUUUAGAUUUGGAAGAUAUCAAUGAUUUCGGAGAUGAUGAUUCUCUCUACAUCACCAAGGUAACAACUAUUCACAUGGGCAAUUACACGUGUCAUGCCUAUGGCUAUGAAGAACUGUAUCAGACCCACAUUCUUCAGGUGAAUGUUCCACCAGUGAUUCGUGUCUAUCCUGAAACCCAGGCACAAGAACCUGGCGUAUCAGCAAGCCUCAAAUGUCAUGCUGAGGGCAUUCCAAAUCCUCAAAUUUCCUGGCUAAAGAAUGGCAUUGGUAUCACACCAAAAUUAUCCAAACAACUGAAGUUGUUAGCAAAUGGAAGCGAACUUCACAUAAAUAGUGUUCGAUAUGAAGAUACAGGUGCCUAUACUUGCAUUGCUAAAAAUGAAGUGGGCGUAGAUGAGGAUAUUUCUUCUCUCUUCAUUGAAGAUUCAGCUAGAAAGACCCUUGCAAACAUACUGUGGCGAGAGGAAGGACUCAGUGUGGGAAACAUGUUCUACGUUUUUUCUGAUGAUGGAAUCACGAUAAUUCAGCCAAGCGACUGUGAGAUCCAGAGACACAUCAAACCAAAUGAGAAAGUCUUCACAAGUUAUGCAGAAAUCUGUCCUAGAGUUGAAGGUGAAGCCAUUCAGUCCUGCCUCUGGGCUUCUGCUGUCAAUGUCAGAGACAAAUAUAUUUAUGUAACACAGCCUAAGUGGAAUCGAAUAAUGAUCCUUGAUAUCCAGACUCAGAAAGUCAUUCAGACCCUGGAUAUUGACCCUCUACCAGUAAAAUUACAUUAUGAUAAGUCACAUGACCAAAUUUGGGUACUUAGCUGGGGGGAUAUCAAGAAGUCCCAUCCAACCCUGCAGGUGAUACCAGAGGCAAGUACAGGAGAAAACCAGCAGAUCAUUCACACCCAUCUGAAUGGAAUGGAUGAUUAUUUUAUUCCGCAUACAAACCUUAUUAUUAAUCACAUCAGAUUUGGUUUCAUCUUUAACAAGUCAAAAUCUGAAGUUCACAAAAUUGAUCUAGAAACUGUGGCUCACAUCAAGACGAUCAGCUUCAAAAACUACAGCUGCUUGCCCCAAGCCAUGGCCUACACUCACCUAGGCGGCUACUUCUUCAUCCAGUGCAAAACAAAUACAUCACUACCAAUAACUCCCCAGCUUAUAAUUGACAGUGUUACAGAUUCCAUCAUUGGCCCCAAUAGUGACAUAUCAGGUACUCCCUACAUCUCCCCUGAUGGACGCUAUUUGGUCAGCGCAGAUGAGCACAGCAGGAGGAUCAGAGUCCAGGCAAUAACAAUCCAAGGGGAAAUCAAGUUGAUUUACGACUUACAAACCACUAUGCACAUAUCUGAUCUGACAUUUCAGUCCUCUUUCACCGAAGGCAAUCAGUAUUAUAUAUAUGCUUCUUCACAUUUGCAAACAGAUGUGCUUUUUGUGGAGUUGUCAACAGGGAAAAUGGACGUCUUGAAGAAUUUAAAAGACCCUAUCAAAUGCAAAGACUGGCCCUGGAGCAGCUACAACAGAAUUAUCCAAGACAGUGGAUUAUUUGGGCAAUACCUUAUAACACCAGCAAAGGAUUCACUAUUUAUCAUUAAUGGGCGGCAAAACACAUUACGAUGCGAGGUUUCAGGUAUCAAGAGGGGGAACACAAUAGUUUGGGUUGGAGAUGUAUGAAAGGUCAAAAAGGACAGAACUUUCAGAACACAAAGUACUGAUUGGACUUAUAACUGCAAGAAAUAUAUAUAUGCAGUAGCAUUGUAUAUUUUUACACUGAGGGAAAAACACUGACCUACUUGCAAGAUUUAUAAUAUAAGGUAUGCUCUGCUAAUAGGAAUUGGUUAUGCUGGGAAUUUUGUGUGGAAUUCAGACUUACAGCUUGAGAUAUGGAAGCUAUGCUGGGAAAAAGGAAUCGUAUCUCCAACUGAGAUUGUAUAAGCCACAUUCCUUGGUGAUUCUGUACAACAACACCUUUGAGUUGAAAGGCUGAUGAAUCCUUAACUUCUGUCUAGGUGAUCAGUAUUCAUUCUGUUGGUCCAACAUAACAUUCCCUGUAGUGUGUGCCAUAUGGCAUGGAAUCAGGCCUGUAGCUUAGACAUUUUCACACGGAUGGGCAAACUGGAGGUCUUUUAAGUGUUUAUGUACUCUGUUGAAAAUGCAAUCUCAGUCAAAAGUCUUUUUUAGAGCUUUUUUAAAAAAUGAAGAUAUUAUUUAUAUAAUCAUUCCAA